CAGCUGGUCCACAACGUCGACAUUAAUGUGAUCAUGGGGGGUGGUCGAAGAUACAUGACCCCUGCAGGGACGCCAGACCCUGAGUAUCCCACCUCUGCAACGGCGAAUGGGAUGCGCGAGGAUGGGAAAAACCUCAUCGACAUGUGGUUGGCGGCACGGCCGGGUGCUCGCUAUGCCUGGAACAGGACAGAGAUGCUGAUGGCGGUGGUUGCUGCUGACCCCAGCGUGAAGUAUUUGAUGGGUCUCUUUGAACCCCUGGACAUGACGUAUGACCUCGUGCGUAACCGCACCCUGGACCCAUCGCUCACCGAGAUGACGGAGGCAGCCAUCACCAUCCUGAGCAGGAACCCCAACGGUUUCUACCUCUUUGUGGAAGAUAAGUCAGGGCCACAUGGCCACCACGAAAGUGCAGCCCAAAAGGCGCUGACAGAUGCGGUGGAGUUUGACUGGGCCAUCGACCGGGCAGGCAUCCUGACAGAUGAGGCGGACACCCUCACCGUUGUCACCGCCGACCACUCACAUGUCUUCUCCUUUGGUGGCUACACCCUGCGCGGCUCCUCCAUCUUCGGUCUAGCCCAGGGUAUAGCUGCUGACGGCAAGAACUACACGUCCAUCCUCUACGGGAAUGGG